AUGCCGGAACAUGACGCCCUCGUCCAGGCGUACUCGCACCUGGCCGACUUGCCACGGGCCGGCGAGGCCCUCACGACGCUGAAAAAGGUCGCGUCGCUCGUCAAGCCCAUCAUGCGGGCGCGGCGCUGGCGGGUGGGCGAGCUCGCCGAGUUUUAUCCCGAACAGCACAACCUCCUAGGCCUCAACGUCAACCGCGGGCAGAGGAUCCUGCUGCGCCUCCGCCGUCCGGGCGACCGCGCGCAGUUUGUCUCCAUCGAGCAGGUCGUCGACACGAUGCUCCACGAGCUGUCGCACAUCGUCCACGGCCCCCACGAUGGCAAGUUUCACGCGCUCUGGAACCAGCUGCGCGACGAGCACAUGGGACUCGUCAUGAAGGGGUACACGGGCGAGGGGUUCCUGUCUGAGGGUCACCGCCUCGGCGGCGGCGGGCAGAAGCCCGUGCACGAGGCGCGGCGGCUGGCCCGCGCAGCGGCAGAGAGGCGACGCGCCAGAGGGGCAGGGACGGUCGCCGCCGCGGGGCAGAGGCUCGGUGGAGCUGCGCCGAGGCCCGGGCAGGAUAUACGAAGGACGAUCGCCGGGGCGGCGGAGCGGCGCAAUACGACGCUGCAGGGUUGUGGCAACGUGAGCCACGACGAGCGGGAAAUUCAAGCAAUCUCGGAGACGGCAACGAGGAACGGGUUCCGCACGCAGGCUGAGGAGGACGCGGCGAACGAGGCCGCCAUCGCGCAGGCGCUGUGGGAGCUCGUGCAAGAGGAGGAGAAGCAAAAGUACGGCAAUUACUACGUGCCCCCAAGUGCCCAACAUCCCGAGGGCAGCCAAGGAGGUGCCGUUGUGCCAAAUCAUGGCGGGCCGCCGCCGCCGCCUGUCCCUGCGCCAGAAACGCGACCGCCAACCUCAGGAUCGGCGCUGCAACCCCUGGCUUCAUCAUCCCGGGCACCUACUGAUCAGUCGCUGACUACGCAGAAGGGAUGGACAUGCGGCCUGUGUACCUUGCACAAUCCGGCCACGUUCCUCGCCUGUGAUGCCUGCGGUACACAACGGGGAGAAGACGUGUCGCGAACAUUGUGGACGCCUAACGAGGAGAAAAGACGCACAACACCACUGUCAUUAGCAACAGCAUCGGCGUCAACGUCGACAAAAUCCACGUCGGCAUCCAUACCGACAAUAGACCUGACUGACAGUCCGCCCUCCAAGGCCAAGGCUAAGGCCAAAAGUGUGCUGCCUGCGGCGACGCCUGCAAACCCUUCGGUGAAGAGCAGACCCCAGACUUGGCAGUGCUCCUUCUGUGGGACGAGGAUGGAACGAGAGUGGUGGACAUGCUGGACGUGUGGAUUGAUGAAGGACAAUUCUCGAUGA